CAAAAGUACUGCACUAACAGCUGUUUAUUGAAUUUGCAAGCAACUUGUAUCUUUAUCUUCCGGCACUCAGUUACAACUAAGCACAAUAAUUUAAAAUGCGUCGAAUGAAUAAUCUAGUUACGCUCUUUACAGCGAUAACAGCGUUCUUCUUCGGCAGUUUCAUCACAAGAAUACUCAGCAUGGCGGAUAAGUGUCCGGUUGAGCGAAGUGGUGUCGCCAAACUGGAACCGCAUCCCGAUUUAUUUCUAGUGAUACUCGUGUUCAGUGCACCCAGCAACACGGAGCAGCGUGAUGCCAUGCGUGAGACAUGGUUGCGUCUCGCUAGGCCAUUGAAGCAAUCCUACUUCCCCGAAGAUCAAAUCUAUCUACCAAGCUACAGUGAUGGCCACUUGCAAAUGGAAACAGUGGCGUGGCAGGCGAAUCGUCUGCAGCAAUACGUGCAAUGGCAACAACAGUUGCCACAAAUGGAGGAGCCGAGAGUGCACCGCAACAUAAAGUUCAAGCACAUCUUUGCAAUUGGAACGCAACAAUUGAGUCCCACACUACGCUCUGAGCUAGAGCAUGAACAAAAGCAGCACAAUGAUUUGUUGCUGUUGCCACUGUUGCAUGACGAUUAUAAGAAUCUCACUGAGAAAUUGCUGCAGUCGCUUAUAACAAUAACGCAACACUACGAGUUCUCAUACCUGUUGAAAGUGGACGACGACUCCUACGUGAAGCUGGACAAUCUGCUCAACGUACUCGUUUCGUACGAUCGCAAGUUGUUGCGUCGUCGAGGGGAUUAUGUUAAUGACCCGUUGCCUGAGCUCUAUUGGGGCUACUUCAACGGGCGGGCUAACAUCAAAACUAAGGGACACUGGAGUGAACCGAAUUAUUAUUUGAGCAAGAACUACAUUAAUUAUGCUCUAGGUGGCGGCUAUGUUAUAUCUCAGAAACUAUGCGCGCAUGUGGCGAAUAACUCUCAACUGCUGUCGAAAUACGUCUCGGAAGAUGCUUCACUAGGUACCUGGUUGGCGCCACUACGUCACGUUUAUCGCUGGCACGACCCACGUUUUGAUACUGCCUACAUGCCGGCCAAGUGCCGAGACUAUCAUCUGGUGCUGCACAAGCGUAGUCAGCACUUAAUGCAAGAUCUCUACAAUGGUAAGAUGUGUACACAUGAGCAUCCGGGACAACGCGCCUUUGUCUCCUACUACUACGAUUGGACGAAGCCGGCUGAUAAAUGCUGCGACAGCAUCGUUGCUUAGUUGCUCACAUUCAUAUGAAGUGUAUUUUGUCAGUUUUCAUAACCAAAGAUAUUCAUUAUAAGUAGCGUAUCGAAAUCUAAAUGCUUUAGUUUACUUGAAUUGCUCCUAUGGCAGCAACUCAAGCUAGUUCUAAGCAAUUGAAUUAUUAAAUUUAACAUAUUUAACAUAAACUUGUACUAACUAAUGGUGAUUGAAGGGACCUAAUU